AUGGCCAACGUGGCGACACCACCAGAUGAGACGUCCAGCGAACCAGCUGGCGGGCCGGAUGGAGGCGAUUUGGAAGGAGAGCCUGCUAUAGCCUCGAGGGGCUCGCCGGGCACGCCGGGCGCGACAGAGAGGUUCUUCCGCUGCGAGAACCAUCUGCACCUCAACCUCAACCUUCGGAUUGGGUCGGUUUACCGCGAGUCGGAGUUGCGCAGGAGAUGCUCACGGGACAAGCUUCCAAAGCUUGAGGAGUUCCUCUCCGACAGCUCCAUGCUGAAGGAGGUCGCAGAACCCGAGACUCUCAGGGGAAACGGGCGAAGCCGGCAAGGAACGGCUUUCAAGAGAGCAGCUCCCCCCGAGGAGGACGCCAGACGCCUGAGGAGAAGGGCCCUCAGCAGAAAGCUCUGCGUCGGCCAGCUGGUGUGGGAUUGCUCCGUGCAGCCGGCGCGCGCGGCCAGGAUCACUGCCAUCUGCGCCACAGAGGAGCGGCCCUUCCUGGUCCGUCAUUUGGACGCUGCGCACGGCAGUUCCGGUAGCUGCGCGUCCUUUUCUGUCAACGACCCCGUCAGCGUGAACGGGCGCCCAGGUGUCGUAGCUUGGGACGGGCGGCCGACGCAUCAAUUCGCAAAAGUGAGAUUUGAAGACGGCAAGGAAAGCGAUGUCUUGCCAGUGUGCAGUCUACAAGCCAACAAGUCGCUAGUGGAAGAGGAGGUGUUUGUGUCGGACUUCGACCUGGAGUCUCUUGAGCUCAGCCACCUUCUGCGGCCAGGAGGG